AUGCCGACCUACAAUCUCAAGGCUAUUGGCGUGGUGCCGGGUGCCAAGGACUUUAUUGAUAUUGUCCUUUCUAAGACGCAACGAGGCACUCCCACUGUUGUGCACAAUGGUUGGGCUAUCCAGCGCAUCCGCCAGUUCUAUAUGCGCAAGGUCAAAUUCACGCAGCAAAACUGGAACGAGAAGCUCUCUCAAAUUCUGGAGGAGUUUCCGAAAGUCGAGGACAUUCACCCUUUUUACGCGGACCUGCUUAACGUGCUAUAUGACAAGGACCAUUACAAGCUGGCGCUGGGCCAAAUCAACACAGCUCGCAACUUGAUUGACCGCGUUGCUCAAGAUUACAUUCGUUUGCUGAAGUACGGCGACUCGCUGUACCGAUGCAAGGAACUCAAACGUGCCGCUCUGGGGCGCAUGUGCACGCUGAUGAAGCGGCAGGGGCCCUCCCUGGCGUACCUGGAACAGGUCCGGCAGCACAUGAGCCGCCUGCCCUCCAUCGACCCCAACACACGCACCCUGCUGCUGUGCGGCUACCCAAAUGUGGGCAAGAGCAGCAUGAUGAACAAGCUGACGCGGGCGGAUGUGGAGGUGCAGCCGUACGCUUUCACGACAAAAUCACUCUAUGUUGGCCACAUGGACUACAAGUACCUGCGGUGGCAGGUUAUCGACACGCCGGGUAUCCUGGACCGCCCCCUGGAGGAGCGCAACACCAUCGAGAUGCAGUCCAUCACCGCCCUGGCGCACCUGCGGGCGGCAGUGCUGUAUCUGGUGGACAUCAGCGAGCAGUGCGGGUACACCAUCGUGCAACAGGCUGCGUUGUUUCACUCCAUCAAGCCCCUCUUCGCCAACAAGCCCGUGCUGAUAGUGGUCAACAAAAUUGAUGCCAGACGCAUGGAGGACUUGUCCGAGUCGGAUCGGCAGCUGGUGGAUGGCAUGGUUUCGGAGGCUAGGAAGAUGAGGGUGGUGUCGGUGGGUAGCGACUCGAGUACGGAUGAGACCAUUCUCAUGGCCAUGUCCACUCUGAACGAGGAGGGGGUUAUGGCGGUUGCGUGCGACCGGUUGCUCAAUUUCCGUGUGGAGAUGAAGGUUUCCGGGAAACGUAUCGGCGACGUGCUCAACAAGAUUCACGUUGCUCAGCCCCGGCCUCGAGAGGGCGUUACGGCGGGCAGCCGGCCCCCUGUCAUACCGCCCGGGGUGGCGGAGGCGCGGGCUCGGCGGGCGGCGGGCGAGGUGAAGAAGACGGAGCGAGACCUGCAAGAGGAGAAUGGAGGCGCGGGUGUCUAUUCCGCCGACCUGCGGAAGCAUUACAGCCUUGAAAAUCCGGAAUGGAAGUACGACAUCAUGCCGGAGAUUAUGGACGGCCAUAACGUUUUGGAUUUUGUGGAUCCGGACAUUGACGCUAAAUUGGCCGAGCUGGAACGGGAGGAGGCCGAACUGGAGGUGGGUGGUAUGAUGGAUGACGACGACGAGGAGGAGGACGGCCUGACGGUGGAGCAGCAGGAGGACCUAAAGGCCAUCAGGGCCAGGAAAAAGGUACUGGUGGGGGAGCACCGCUCCAAAAAGAACAGUCAUCGUAACCAGGCGGUGCUGCCCGCCAAGUUGGCCAAUGCGCGGGGACGUACGACGGAGGCGAUGACACGCAGCUUGGGCGCCCUGGGCAUCGACGCGAGCAAGGCAGCGGAGCGGGCUCGCAGCCAGAGUCGAGGUCGGAAGCGGGAGCGCAGCGCCAGUAAGGCACGCAGUGAAGACGGUGGAGGGGGUGAUGAUGUGGAGAUGGGGGAGGGCAAGGAGGAGAAGAAGCGCGUGCACAGCUCCAAGUCGAGGUGCAUGUCCCGGGGCCGCAGUCAGUCGCUGGCGGAGCCCCGCCCCGGCUCGGGUGUGAAGGACGUGGCGCAGCGGAACAAGGGCAUCAAGAUGGCGGACCGGGCGCAGAGGCGCAUGAACAAGAUGGCCAAGGUGGGCGAGUCGGACAGGGCCAUACCGACCAAGAUGCCCAAGCACCUCUUCAGCGGGAAAAAGCCCGGACACAGCACGAGGAACCGCCGGUAG